UACAACACGGGCGUAAAUCCUUUACUUUUAAGUCGACCGGGAGGCAGCCCGGUUCUAAAUCGAAUGCAAUCAACAUUCAGCCGAUGCAAAACACGCCUAUACGGGCGCCCGGGCGGGAUUAAUCGAACCCCCUCAUUGACUCACCCUGCAGUGUAAAAAACACCAUGGCGCUGUGCAAGAGAGGGGUCCAAUGCUGUGUUACAACGAUAAUACGAUGCAGUUAUCCAUUUCAAGGGAUCGCAACCGUGUCGACAUACACUCCAAUAUUAGCCUACUCAAGACUAAGUGUAUUAUCUUGCAGGCACUACUCGUUAUCUCAGGGCAGACUAGGCAUAUUUCAGAGAGCCAGUGAGAAGUAUGAGAAAUUCCUUGAACAUCGAUUCCCCCGCCUCUACAUCCUUUAUACCACCUUUGUGAAAGGAUUUCGGCUCAUGGUACACGAUGUGAGGGAAACGAAGAGGAUAAGGAUGAAAAUGCUCACUCAAGAUGUUUCACUCAAAGAGCUGCCCUACCGUGAGAUGGAGACCAUCAUUCUGUUUCGCAAAGACAUGAUAAAAGCCAUUCCCCUGGUGAUAAUAUCUAUCCCGCCUUUUGCCAUCAUUUUGGUUUUCACUCUUAUGUGCCUGUUCCCUAGGCAACUGCUGAUUCGUCACCUGUGGACUCCGCAGCAGCAGCAGGACUUCCAGAGGUUGUACCACGAGCAGAGAUGCCGACACCGUGAGAACAUCCUGAAGGGUGUGGCCUGGUCAAUACCUCACAUCAAAGAGUGGACCCUCCGCAGCCAUCUGCUUACUCUUAUCAGCAAGGUGCAGAGUGGGUCUCACCCCAGUGUGAAAGACAUCAGUGCAGUGAGAGGCGUGUUUUCCGGACAACCACUGGGAUUAACAGGCAUGGACUCUGUUCACAUGAGGCUGCUGUGCUCCCACCUCUUGCUGAACCCCUGGCUCCCUGGGUUCCUGCUCCGGCGACGGCUGAGGGCCAAAGCCCUGGACCUGCUUUACUUGGAUCAGGCUCUAGACACACUGGGACAGGGCCAACUCACUGACGCAGAGAUUAGAGAGGCCUGCUAUCUGCGGGGUCUUAAUCCCAGUAGCCUCACCACUAGCCAGUGUCGAGAGUGGCUCCUCCAGUGGCUUCAGCUGUCUACCCAGCUCACAGAAUCAGAGACAUCUCUUCUGCUGCACAACAUGGUCCUGCUCUCAGUAAACUACCCCAGCUCCUGACCAGAGGAACAAAAGCAUGCAGCAGCAACCAGACUUUAUUAUAUUUAUUCAUUUGCUCUCAGGCGAGAAAGUCUAAUGGAACAGCAACAAUUGUCAUCUCAUUUUCUUGGGACGGAAAGGGAAAGAAUGAUCCAAACUGGUCAAUUGUUACCAUGUGGAGAAUCAAUGAUUCAGAGCAUGGAGGACAUUGACUUUUACUGUAUGUCUUAAUUCAUUCAAUUGAUGUCAUACAUUUGAUUACAAUCACACGUGUAUGUACACACACAUGUCUUGUGGAAUGAAUUGGAAAGAUAUGCACUGGAUAAUGUGACUCAAAAGAAGAAGCUCACACACACUCCAACUUUUAUUUGGCAUGCAAACAUUUCAGUCUACCAACUGGUGUACAAAACAGAAGUGGGUUCCCAAAUAUGCCAAUGCAGCCCAGCUGUACCUUGCUCUUCCAAAAUGUAUAGAUGUCCUGUUGUGGGGCUGUAUAUUGAUACUUUCAAGGAGAUAGUAUGGGAUAUUUUUCUGUGUGGUGUUAGUGUCUCUUUAGUUAACUUCUAGACUUGGUAAGUAUGGUGCAUUGUAAAAUGAUAGUCUGUCAGGUCAGAACACCAGUCUAAGGCGCAUAUUUAUAUAGGCCUACUGUAAUACAUUUUUGACAUGUUUAAAUUGUGUAUUAUCUGAAUUUAUUUAUAACAAGCAUACCACUCGAAACCAUAUUGCAACCAAAAGAUGCGGGUGCAUAUUUAGUUUCACCUAAUAUAAGGUAAAUCUAAUAAAAACAAUAAGCACACUG